GCACCUUUGCUCACGAAGUUGGUCCUUUUUCUGAUUACCAAUCAUAUUCUUGAAAUACAAAAAUCUGCUGUUACCAUUCAAAAAUGCAUUAUCAUUGCUGUAACUUAUGUUGAGAAAAUGUCACUUAUGACAUUGGUCAGAAGCAUUGCUAUAGCAAACCUUUGUAAGAUAUUCGACCAACCAAUGGAGGCUAAGGUAAAAGUAGGCUACUGA